AGAGAGAGAGAGAGAGAGAGAGAGAUCGAGCGAGAGCGCGCGGUCAUGAGUGUGUUCCUCUCUCCUCCCUGAAGCAUCUCGGCGUGGGGGGGAAUCUGGGAGAAGUGGGGAACUCAAACGCAAAGUUGACGAACUUUGCACAUCUUUUACAAACGCCAUCUUGAUUCCUCUCCGGAACAACUUUAGCAGCUUCUUUCUGUUCUUCUUCUUCUCUUUCUCUCUCUCCUCAGCUCAUCAUCAUCACUAUCAUCAUCAUCAUCAUCAUCAUCAUGUCUCGGCGAAAGCAACCCAACCCCAACAAAGUCAAACUGUGAGCAGUGGUUGCUGACACACGAGGUGCACUGCGAUCCCUCUUCAAACCCAGAACGGCAGCAGAAUAACACAACCUCGUCUGAGGACGGUUAUGGAAAAUUCAACAGAGGAGGCAAGAACUCUCACUAGGGAGGAGGCGGAGCAAAGUGAUGCACGCCAGAGCCCCGCCCCCAAAGGAACACAAACAACGCACACAGAGAGAUCUACCAGUGUAGAGGAGGAAGCAAAUGAAUGGGAGAACGGACAGAAUAGAUUAGACGGAGAGAUGGAGGUAGCCGAUGGGGUGGACCUGUCUUCCAUUAAAUCCAUGAUGAGCACUGUGAUGAAAGCAGCUCAGCUUAACGGCAGCGUAGACUCCGCCCACACCACGCCCAGUAAGGUGUCCGUCAAAAGCCCCAGCACCAACCGCAGUGGAAGAAAGACCCAGGAAGCCAAAGAUGACAGCGGGAGUCUCGUCUGUCCACUGUGUGAUAAGAGCUUUCAGACCCAACACCAGCUCACCAUGCACAUCCGCCAGCACAACACCAAUAGCGGGGCUUCGGACCACUCUUGCAGUAUCUGUGGGAAGUCUCUGAGCUCGGCUAGCUCUCUGGAUCGUCACAUGCUAGUGCACAGUGGAGAGAGACCCUACGAAUGCUCUGUGUGCCAUCAGACCUUCACCACCAAUGGCAACAUGCACAGACACAUGAAGAUCCACGAGAAGGACUCUGCCAGCUCCAUCCCCAACAGUCCGACUCUGUCUCUACAUAAGCGACGACGUACAUCUACAGCGAAACGCAAACCAAGCCACGAUGAAGACACUGAGAAGACCGAGGAGACAACCAGCAAAAAGGUCAGAGAGGAUAGCGUUGUAGAUGAGCAGAGUUUGAACAGAGGACAGGAUGAAGUCUUGACCUGUCCUGUCUGCUUCAAGACCCUCACCUGCAGAAACGAGUUUGAUGCCCACAUGGAGACCCAUCCCGACAAUACACUGAGAUGUGAUUUAUGCUGCAUCUCAUUCCGGACACACCGAAGUUUGCUCCGCCACAAUGCAGCCACCCAUAAGCAGCUACCCACAGACCCCGAUGGACGACCCUUUAUUCAGAACAACCCGUCCAUCCCUCUCGGCUUUAAUGAUCUGGCUUUCAUUGACUUUUCAUGCCAGAAGUUCCCGCAAAUUGCCCAGAUUUGGUGUGAAACCAACCUCAGACGAUGCACUGGCAAAUUCCAUCGUUUUGUAUGUGACACAUGCGAUAAGGCAUUCCCUCUCAGCUCGGCUCUGGACUUGCACAAAGCCUCACAUGAGACUUCCAGUUGCACCCAAGAGACAACUUCACCCUUAAUUACGAAAGACGAGCCUCCCUCUCCUGAGAAAAAUAGCUUCAUGGACUCCAUGGGCUUGCAGCACAUCUCUCAGGUCAAGCCUGUCCCCUCAGAAGAGGAUGUUCAGCAGGCCAAGCUAGAUAGCAUUCGGGUUAUCCACGUGGACCAGAAUCAGUCCUCUGUACCUCAGGAGGAUGUCCUUGUGGGUGGGGUUAACCCGUCUCUUGUAGACCCGAUGACUCUUCAUGGUCUGUCCCAUCAAGAGGCUCUCAAACUGCUAUCCUUUCAGCCCUUUCAGACUGGCUUUCUGGUGCAGCCAGAUGGUGGUAUGGUAGUGAAGCCAGUUUUUGGUGAAUCCAACAUGGAACUCGCUGAUAUACAGCAAAUAAUCAAAGUAGCUUCUGCUGCCCCUAACCAGAUCACGCUCCCACCCUUAUCUAAGGCGCCUUGUAGUGCCAUGCAGUCGGGCUACAAGCAGAUGCCUCCACUCAAGCCAAAGCCAUUGGUGGCUCCCAGAACCAGUCUGGUAGCUUCAACUCCACCACCCCUAAUGAAUACCCAGCAAGCUUCUCUGGGCUGUAUCAGCCCUAGCCUCCCACCUCCUGCCAGCCAUCCUCUCAAGACAGUUCAGGACCUCUCCCCAUCUUCCUCAUCCAAUUCUGCCAACAACCACGCUUCGGCAGAGAGGAUACAAAUGGAGGCCGACUGCAUGGGAGAUGCCCAUACCCCAAUGGACAUGGAUGAAAGACACAUCAAACAGGAGAAUGGAAAUAUAGAAGAGACCACUGGAAAGAAGGGAACAUCUCAAAAGGGCUCGUACCCCUGCAGAUUUUGUGACCGGGUCUUUGCAUUUUCUGGUGUACUGCAGGCACAUAUGCGAUAUCAUUUAGGCAUCCUGCCCCACCAAUGCAAUAUCUGCGACUAUGUUGCCCCAGACAAAGCAACGCUGAUCCGUCAUUUGAGAACACACAGUGGUGAGCGUCCCUAUGUCUGCCGGCUCUGUCAUUACCCAUUUACUGUAAAGGCUAACUGUGAGCGACACCUUCGCAAAAAGCACAUGAAAAGCAAUCGCAAAGAGAUUGAGAAAAACAUUAAGUAUGUUACCUCAUCCACAGCAGACCUGCUGGAGCAGACGAGUGAAACUACCUGUCGCUUCUGCGGGGAGGAUCUAAAGACCUUCCGAGCCCUGCAGAUACACUUACGCACACACAAUGGCUGCCAGCGAAAGCCUUUUGAGUGCAAGCGUUGUGGAGCAGCUUUCCUUGCAAAGCGUAACUGUAUCCAUCACCUUCUGAAACAACAUCCAGAGGUCCAAGAGCAGGAUUUUGAAGAGCACAUAAUCACUCUUCUAGCUGCAUCAACCAAAAAUAGCCCAAACCCUUCUCCUCUCAAUGGGGUUUCUCCUAGCACUGUAGUGCAGCCUAUCAAAGUUGAGGACCUUAGCUUUUACAGCAUAGAUAUGGAUCAACCUCUGGACUUCUCUAACAAAAGCCGUGGGAGCAGCAGUGCUGGAAGUCUGAGUGGAUCUCCUGGGAUCAAAACUGAACCUGUCUCUUAUGAAUCUAGCAUGGAACCAAUUGAUCUCUCUAUUCCUAAGAAUCCUGUGAAGAAGCUUAAACAAGACAUUGAGGCCACACUGCCAAGGGAGGUUAAGAAAGAACAGUCAUCCAUUAGCAUACUUGCACAAGCUCUUCAGGCCGAGAAGUCUAUUGAUGAGAAGCCUGAACCUCUUGGAUGCUACCAGGUCCCUGUUGCUUUGUCCUCCAAUGCUGCAGGAAGGCUCUUGCGUUUAAAGCCACUGCUUCCUAAACCUUCCUCCGCUGCUGUGAAGGAGCUUCCACCACUAGCGUCCAUUGCUCAGAUCAUUUCCUCAGUUUCUGGUGCCCCUGACCUUCUUAAACGGGACAACACUAGUAGUCUUCAGGCUGAUUCUGAUAUACAUGGCAAGCAAGAAUCACUAGAUAUUGUGACAGAGGAUCUUUCACUAGAGAGUUCAAAGAAGAGGUCCAGGAAAAGGCCUUCCAACAGAACAGCGAAGGAGAAACCUGUGAUGAAUGCCACAGACCCAAAUAUUGAUUUGGAGUCUAGUGGGGAGUUUGCUAGUGUUGAGAGGAUGUUGGCAACCACUGAUGCCAACAAGUUCAGCGCCUAUCUUCAGACCAACACAAUAGAGUUGGCAAGAAAAGCUGGACAGAAGCCAGGUGCUAGUGACGAGAAAGAGGUUAAAGAUGAGAAACACUUGCUGGCCCAGAAGACCGUUCAAUCCCAACAGUCCAAAGGGAAGAAGAAUGCAUACUCAAAUUCUGUGCAAAAGAUGACUUGCCCCUUUUGUCCCAGAGUUUUUCCUUGGGCCAGCUCGCUUCAGCGCCACAUGUUAACACACACCGGUCAGAAGCCAUAUCCUUGUCCUCAGUGUGAUGCCUUCUUCUCGACCAAGUCCAACUGUGAGCGACAUCUUUUACGCAAGCAUGGCGUUUCCAACCGAGUGCUUCGACGCAAUGGAGCAAUACCCAAGACUAGGGAAGCAGAGGAAGGCUCACAAGAGAGUGCAGAGAGCACAUCUGAGACGGAGCUUCCAGUGAGUGAGGCAAUGGAUCUCACAAGAUCAGACCCUGAGAAGCCUUUAGCAUCAGACGCUGAGAAACCUUCACCAGCUAAGCCCACAGAGACAGCCAUGGUAGAGCCUCUUCCUCACAGAGAAGAGGAGGACCCAACAGCCCUCGAGUCUCUGAAGCACAGUGACCCAGAAAAAGAGGAUGGCGAUUCCCAUAGCAAUAAGACCCUUGACUUGACCUUUGUUUCCAAGCCAAAGGAUUUCAAGGUCCCUGAGAAAGACCAGCCACAGUCCUCCUCUGCAGCAGAUAGUGACAUGUCUGACAAAGCAACACCUCCGGAGGAGUCCAAAUUGACCUGCAAGAGUUGCAAGAAGAGCUUCCGCUACGCCGCCACCUUGACCAGACAUGAGAAAGUUCACCAGCAGGAUCUAGCAUCAGACUCAACAAAUGGACCUGAACAAAGCCUCACACAAUCAGAUGAUGCAAUUGUGCCUUGUGAAAAUAAGAGAGAGGUUACAGAAGAAGAGCUGGACAGUGUAAGGAAGGGCAGAGCAGAGGACGAGGGUUCGGGCAGUGUGGUGGAGAGCGGAUCUGAGGAGGAUAAAGAGGAGAGGAGUGAUGAAGAGGAAGCUGCAACUGAACCAAAGAGUGCUGAGGGAGAGACUGAAGAACGUGGCAGCAAGCCGGACAAGAGGAAAAAGGUGUGCGGUAUAUGCAACAAACGUUUCUGGAGCCUUCAGGACCUCACCAGACACAUGCGCUCUCACACAGGUGAGAGGCCUUACAAGUGCCAGACAUGUGAGCGCACUUUCACCCUCAAGCACAGUUUGGUCCGACAUCAGCGAAUCCAUCAGAAACUCCGUGGAGCGGAUAGUGAUGGGGUCACAGGUGGACCCGACGAGGACGGCUUCAGCGGGCAUUCGGCUAGCGAAGGCGAGAGCACACCCACCAGCACCAAUCCACCCUCUGAGAACGAAAGCGAAUUAACAGACACUGUGAAGGAAGAGCCAACCUCACGGGAGAAAGAGGAGGAUUGUGGACCCCCUGCGGAAGCUGAAGAGCUUAAACUAACCUCUAAGACAAGACCAGCAACAGAGACACCCAAAGAAACUCCAGCACUGGAUUCACCCACCGACUUGGAGCCGUCGGAGGGAUUCAUCCAAGGUUUACUGGAGAUCCACACCAAGCCCACUACUGAGCACAUUUUGCCCUCGCCUGAGCCGCCUCUGCUCGGCGUGGAGUGAAGAGCGACUCUUAUCUUACCUUGUGGUGAAACGUGCUGCGAUAAGAAGCAGUGCCAUAUCACAAAACUACAUUGCAAUGAGAAAAAAAAGAAGCAAUGACUCUUUCCAAGUGCCUUUCUACUUUUUUUGCUAUAUCUUUAUCAGCAUUUAUCAUGAUUGAAAGUUGAUUUUUUUUAUAGUAUUUUACAAUGAUCAUUAUGAUUUGUUUUUUGUGUGUGUGUGUUUAAUCCUGAGAGAACUACUUUAAGCAAUAUAUGAACAAAUUAGCAUAUCUUAUUGUACAGUUCAGAGACAAGUUUAUAGGCUUAUCCAGCGACGGCUGAGAUUUAACAAGAGGACAUGUUUCUACUGAGAGGAUUGCACCCAAGUGCAUAACUGGAAUACGCAAAGACGUCUUCUUCGAUGCUGUUUGUCCUUGUAUUUCCUUCAAUGCUAGAAGCUUCCAGAGUAUUUGUUUUAUAACGGAGCUCUGUUAUUCUGGGUGCUGCGUCGUGUAAAGAUGUUUUGGGGAACAGCCAAGCAAAAAAUAAUAAUAAUCUGAGGGUCAUCCUCAGAAAGAUGCUCAGCAGCUGUCGGGUUAAGUAUAUGGGCAAUGUUUGCCCAAAACAGGUGAUGAAUGUCCAGCUGUGCUGAUUGUGUCAAUGUCCUUAGCAUUAGUAUUCCAUUGUUUGGCACAAAAGGAUGGUUGUUAAUGAGAGAAGGCAAUGUUUUUAGAUUUAAGGGCUCUUGAUUUAUGUCCCUCAAGCUGUCUUAGUCUCAGCUCCUUAAAACGGCAAACACAAUGAGGAAUUACAGGAAGCCCAUGAGUUGUGAAUCUGAUGUACUUGAUGAAACGUGUACCUUCUUCCAAGAGCAUCACUUUUUAAGCCUUACUCUUUCGUCUGAGCAUUUAGGCAGGAGUCUCACUUUCUGCCGGGCUCACGAACUAGAUUUCACGGUGUACUUGAACCCUGUCGCCCUGCUGCCUCGUGUCAGGAUCCAGGAGGACCCCGUGUCAAUCACACGCUCUUCUGCAGUGUUGGAUCUCUCUGACCUCUCAGUUUCAUGAUCUCGUGUUGUAAAGAAACCUCACACACAAACAAAGCAGACCUCAAAGGGCAUGGAGACUGUAUGUGAUUGUGUGGACUGGUCUCCUGACUUCCUGGAGCAGCCGUUUACCCAAAAGCAUGCCUGUUGAUCAGCACGUGCCGAAGUGUGAAGACACGGAAGAAAGCAGACAAGGAUAAGGAAUAUUGCACCAAUAGUGGAGACGGGGAGAGGGUUUGCCCCUGAUUGGAUAUCAGGCUGUGUGCGCCCCCUGGUGGUGCAGAUCUAACACCUCUGCUCAGGCACCAGACUUGUAGUAUUGGAUGAACUUGAAUGCAAUCGCAAUCGCUUUCUCUAUCGGUGUAUUCCGGGACUUCUGCUUCUCCCGAUGCCUUUUCCUGGGUUCAUGUGAGUGUGUUUUGUGUUGGUUGUGUGCAGACGUGACUGGUUUCCUGGUAAGAAUGCUCACAGACUGUUUUUAAUGUAUUUAUUGUGACCCAGCGCGGGUGAAGAAGUAAACGUGGAGAAGCCAUGUAUUAACACAAUUAUGCUGCAUAAAAAUGAUUCAAAUUCAAUACUUAGCAUAUCCCAGCUCUAAUCUGGGUCCUUGAUGAUGAUAAUAAUCACUUUUGAUCUGAAAGCUUUAUGUAGAUCUUUGUAUGCAUUUUUUUUUUUGAAUGUGUGGUCUGUUUCUGUUUUCUUUAUUAUAUUAUUAUGAUGAUGAUGAUGAUUUCAGUUUGACAGAGAGAUAAAAGUUGUUUUCAUUGAUAUAUUCUUUUGCGUAUAAAACUGUGAAAUUUACUGUUAUUCUGCUAUGGGUGAAUCUAGGGUAGUCUUGCAUGAUAACCUUUUGUUUUUCAGUUAUAAUUUUAAUUUUAGUUUUCAACCCCCCGCUCUGUCUCACUCUCAGGGUUCAUACAAAAAGCUUUCUCAAAUCCUCAUUUUUCUUGCAACAAAAAACUAUUUUCACAUAUGAUUUCUGAAAAUGUUGAAUCGUCAAUCACUACUUUUUUUAGCACUUGACUGUGAAUUCAAAUGAACAGGGUGGAGUUAUCAAAUCCACAUUCCACUCAUGGGUUUUCUACAAGAUAUAAUCCUCUUUGGAGAAAUGCAGAGGAACCUGUCACUGUUCGACGUGCUGACUGAUGAAAAGGGAGCUUUGUGUCGCUGCUACAUCCCCAAAAAUAAUUCUACUGGACUUGAAUGGAACCAGAAUCACCAGAACAUUUUUGGUACACUACUCUUGUUCUUCCAAUGAGUGCUUCAGAAUCAGAAAUGUAAGCUGUUCUGUAUCAAAACUAUUCAAGCAAUAAAGAUAUAUUAAAGGAAA